UUCUUCUACUGCUCUUAUACUUCUAUUUCAUUCAUAUUUACAAACCUAAUAAAUCUCUCUUCUUCCUCUCUAUUAUAUUUCUAGACCAUGACGUCCACAGAUUUUGGUAAAAAUCGUGUGCACAAAAUAGCAAAAGAUGGGAUGACGGAUUUAAUCCGCUCAAUUGCUGAAAAGCAUCAUGAAGCAGGCCAGCCAUUUUAUGUACUGGAUUUGGCCACAAUUGAAAAGCUUAUGCACAAAUGGAACCAUUCUUUUCCAAAUGUAAAGCCUUUCUAUGCUGUCAAGUGCAACAGUGAACCUGCACUUCUUACCAAACUAGCCAACUUGGGUGCUAACUUUGAUUGUGCUAGCCUACUCGAGAUUGACACUGUCUUAAGUCUCGGAAUAAGUCCAAACCAAAUCAUAUUUGCUAACCCGUGCAAGGCUAUUUCACACAUCAAGCACGCAGCCGCUGUCGGGGUCAAUCUCACAACCUUUGAUUCCAAGCUCGAAGUUGACAAGAUCAAGAAAUGGCACCCAAAAUGCCAUUUGUUGCUCCGAAUUAAAGCCCCCAGUGAUAGUGGCUCCUUGCGCCCCCUCGGGAAAAAAUUCGGUGUGCUGGCGGAAGAAAUUGACUCCCUCCUGCAUUACGCUUGUAAUGUGGCCGUCCUAAAAGUUGUAGGCGUUUCAUUUCACGUGGGAUCUAUUGCACAGGAUCCCAGCAUUUAUUAUGAGGCGAUCGCUGGUGCCAGGGCCGUGUUUGAUGCCGCUGAUUAUCUUGGAAUUCCUAAAAUGCAAAUUUUAAACAUUGGUGGGGGAUUUAGAUCGACCCCAUUGUUCGAGGAAAUAGCUAGUGUAGUAAAUGAAGCAAUCCAAAGUUAUUUCCCGGAGCCUAAUUUAACAAUAAUUGCAGAGCCAGGACGAUUUUUUCCUGAAACGGCUUUUACGUUAGUCACACAUGUGAUUGGUAAAAGAGCUAGAGGUGAGAAAAUAGAAUAUUGGAUUGAUGAAGGUAUUUAUGGAUCAUUUAGGCCAACACUUUAUAACAGCUGCUUUGUGGAUAUCAAGCCACUUUCAGUGAAGGGAUCAGAAGAAUCUAGUCAAAAAUGUGAAUCGACCAUUUAUGGACCAAGCUGUGAUUCCUUGGAUGCAGUGGCCAUAGACAUAAAAUUGCCGGAGCUUCAAUUGGAUGAUUUGAUAGUGUUCUAUAACAUGGGUGCAUACUCAAAAUGUGCAGGAACCAAGUUCAACGGAUUUGAUACGUUAUCCACACCUACCUAUCUCGUUAACACCACUUCUAGCUAAAACUAAAUGUCCGAAACAUUGAAAAAACUAGAGCUCUCCGCGUUAUUUUCUUAAUUUUCUUCAUAAGAGAUGUGAUCGAAUAAAGCAUUUGGUUCAAUAUCUUUGCUAUAGGCGUCCCUAGGGCAGCCAUUUGUGUUUAAUUGUGAUCUUUUAGUACAUUUUCUAUUUGCAUUUUUGUGAGACAAGGACAGAUCUAUUUUAUUACUACAGCUUCCAAUCGAAAUUUUACAUUUUAG